CGUCACCCUCUUAACUUGAGAAGAUGCAUCCGAGCGACACGGCCGCGCCGACCGCGGAGCAAGGGCUAGACCAACAGCAACAACCCAUUGAAAAUGGAGCUGAUACUGGGAAAGACGACCGACCUUCCGAUGAGGAAAUUCUACGCUACGAACGAGCUAUCAAAGAAGCCGAGACUGGCGCCUCACCGUUGAUAUCUGAUAUCUUGGGGAUGCAAGGAUUGGAGAAGGAAUUCGCCAGUGGACUGGAAAUAUUUCAGAGAAAAGUCAAGCACCUUUCACAAACCUGCAAAGGAAUGCGAACAGUCAAACGCGACGGAAACUGCUUUUAUCGGGCUCUCAGUUUCCGCUUCUGCGAAUUGUUAUGGGAGCGACGGGGUACGCCAUGGGCCCAAGCUGCUCUUGCACGGGCAGCUAGUACAAAAGACAUUAUGACUGAGAUGGGUUAUGACAUGUCUCUAUUGAUCGAUUUCUGGGAACCUUUCGAGACGGCUUUGAAGCCCCAAGAGGAUAGCAAGACUCUGUUGGAGAUAUUUCAAACCGAAUAUGUUAGUGAUACCAUUGUGUGCUACUUGAGAUUGGUGACAGCUGCAGUCCUGAAAAAGUAUCGAGAUUUGUUUGAGGCGUUCAUUUUGGAUAGUUAUCCCUCGCUAGAUGCGUUUAUAGGUUCACAAGUGGAGCCGAUGAAUAUUGAAGCCGACCAACCACACAUCGUUGCCAUUUCCAACGCCCUUGGCAUCACGAUCAGGAUUGCCAACUUAGAUCCUACUCCUACGGAUGCUGGAGUAAACUACCACGAACUUUCGCCAAUGGAACCUUUGGAGGUACCUGGUGAUGUGCCAGAGGUAGUGCUGUUGUAUAGACCAGGGCAUUAUGAUGUAUUAUACCCAUCAGGAUAGCCCGCCCAAGUUUGCAAUGUCGCGUGGAUUUUGUUGCUGUAGUUUGCAAUUUGGGCUUGUACAUACAGAUGCGGGUAAAGAGACAAAUCGGGAAUCUAUUAAUACACUAGGCUAAGUUUCUAGCUAUACUUAACCUAGCGAGCCAAGGCACAGGGUUACUGCGAACUCCACGUCUUUAUCGUUUCAUAGCCACUCAUAGCUACC